AUGUCUUGCUGCAGACCCUGUCCCCCACGGCCCUGCGGCCCCUGUGGCCCAACGCCCCUUGCAAGCAGCUGCAGCGAGCCGUGCCUCGCCCGCUGUGCUGACUCCACGGUGUACAUCGAGCCUUCGCCGGUGGUGGUGACCCUGCCGGGCCCCAUCCUCACCUCUUUCCCUCAGAGCACGGCCGUGGGAUCCUCUCUGUCAGCUGCUGUGGGCAGCUCCCUCAGCACCUCAGGGGUUCCCAUCUCUUCUGGGGGCUCCCUUGGGCUGGGGGGCUCAGGCCUGUGCCUGCCUAUCCCCCGCUGCGGUCAGAUCUGCUGA